CUGACAUCAGACCUGGGCAGGGUAGUAGCAUGGAGAGGCAGCGCUGCUGCUGAAUCGCACCCACUGCAGGGCGAUACUGUGCGACACGGAGAGGCAGCAGCAGACAAAGGGCUCAGAACAACGGCUAUUUAAAGUAAGGCAGAAUCUGCAAGCAAAAACAUCUUUAAGGCUAAGGAAUACAGCAGUAGAUCUGAACCGCUACUUGGACUCUCAGGGCGCUGUUAGGAAAGGGACCUCAGGAUGCCCCUGGAUGAAGAUGGGCCGAGUUGGAAGAAAAGAGCAGAAGACAUUAGAGAUAUCUAUGAAUUUCGGGAAGUCUUAGGAACGGGUGCUUUCUCUGAAGUGGUCCUGGCAGAGGAGAAGAAGACGCAGAAGUUGGUAGCCAUUAAGUGUAUUCCAAAGAAAGCCCUGGAGGGGAAAGAGACCAGCAUAGAGAACGAGAUUGCUGUGCUGAGAAAGAUCAAGCACGCUAAUAUUGUGUCACUGGAGGACAUCUAUGAGAGCCGGAGUCACCUAUACCUUAUCAUGCAGCUGGUGUCGGGGGGUGAGCUGUUUGACAGGAUCGUGGAGAAAGGUUUCUAUACAGAGAAGGAUGCCAGCCAGCUCAUCAAGCAGAUUUUGGAUGCUGUCAAGUACCUGCACGAUAUGGGCAUUGUGCACAGGGAUCUAAAGCCGGAGAAUCUGCUCUAUUACAGUAUAGACGAAGAUUCCAAAAUUAUGAUCAGUGACUUUGGCCUCUCAAAAAUCGAAGGGUCUGGAAGUGUAAUGUCAACUGCCUGCGGCACCCCAGGUUAUGUUGCUCCGGAGGUGUUGGCUCAGAAGCCUUACAGUAAAGCAGUGGAUUGCUGGUCGAUUGGUGUCAUUGCAUACAUACUAUUGUGCGGGUACCCACCAUUCUACGAUGAAAAUGACGCCAAACUCUUUGAGCAGAUUCUGAAAGCCGAGUAUGAGUUUGACUCGCCGUACUGGGACGACAUCUCCGAUUCAGCCAAAGAUUUCAUCCAGCAUCUAAUGGAAAAGGAUCCAAAUAAGCGCAACACAUGUGACCAAGCCCUGCAACAUCCAUGGAUUGCUGGGGACACUGCACUGGAUAAGAAUAUCCAUGAAUCAGUCAGCGAGCAAAUCAGGAAAAAUUUUGCCAAAAGCAGAUGGAAGCAAGCAUUCAAUGCCACUGCUGUGGUACGCCACAUGAGAAAGUUACAGCUGGGCACAAGCCAAGAAGGACCCGGUCAGACCACACCCACUAGCCCAUGCCAUGGCAAUCUUCUUAUGCCAGGGGAUAACCAUGGCUCUCAUUCGGAGAGUUGUCAAGACUGCUGUUCUCCAAAAUCCUCUGAAAACAACUCGUUGGCCUAUAGCACCCAACACUGCGCACAAUCCAACAGAGUUUAGGGCCUGCUGAAGUGGCUUCUGGAACCCAGUGUCGUUGGAAAGAGCAGGCCCCAGUGCUGGAUGUCCAACCGGACUAGAUGCCUGUGAGCGGCAGACCUUCAAGCAAGGACAGGCCAACCUUAUUUUAAAAAUGUAAAAACAUGGGGGGAGGGCGAGGGGAAAAGAGAGGAAACAGAGAGAGAAGCAGGCCUCUAUUAUCUUUUGUUAUUCUUAAUAACAGUACAUCUAAUUGGAUAAACCAGGCCUGGUGGGAGGAGAUGUUUAGAGACAGACAAAGGCUUGUUGUUAUUGUUCAUAUGUAACAUGUUGCCUGCUCAUUGUAUGACGUGUGGGGGGAGGGUUGUCUAAUAUUUUUCUGUAUUAAGGUGAAGAUUUGAGUUUUAAGGCUCUUGCUGCUGUUUUAAUUGGCUGGUUGCCAUGAACUCUAACGGUUAUGGUUCUGGAUUCUGGUAUAGGGAGUGAACGCCUGACAUUUUGGAAAGGAUUCCCUGUUGGGCUAGACAGACGUUUUUUUAACAGAAAAGCUUUUUAGGGAAACCUCAAACACUGAGCAAUUUAUGCUAUUGUUUUUAUAGGGGGCUAAGGCAGGCUGGGGUGAAGGACUUCUUUUUACUGUGUAAGUGACAGCAGGAAUUGUUGAAAUUUGUACUUGUUCUUCCAGUCCUAAAAAAAAAAAAUGGUUUUAGACACAGUGCGUUUCGCAUUGCAUUGUGGAAGCCAGAGAAAGGCAAACGGGACUAAAUAUCAUUCCGGACAGCUCUUUCUCCCAGAGCUCUGUAUGGCAUUGUGGGUAUUUACACACUUCAAACAAAAUUGGUUGUGUGGUACUGGUGGUGACUGCUAAAGGAAUUUCCUCAUUACAAUCAUAAUAUGAAUAGUGAUCGAGUGAUGCCUACAAGUAUUAAAUGACCCCACAAUGUCCAUCUUGGAAAUAGUUGAUGUGCUGAUCCUAACUGAAUACCAGGUGCCGAUAUAUUAAAGACUUUAUAAUGCAAAAUCAGGUAUGAGGCGAUAUCCUUAAUUAAAGAGGUGAUUAUUCCCAGUUUAGGUGCCAAAUACCCAAGCACCAUAUUGUAGACGUUGCAGUGUGUGCGAGGCAGCUAUUAAUAAGCCGAUUGGCUCACUGGAGGCCUAUACUAGUGGGCACUUCUUGGCGCUGAGAGGGAACACUCAGGGGUAUAACGUGAUGCCUCCAGGCCUCCCAGCAGGCUCCCCCUACUUAGAAACCAUACAGUUUAUAAUAUGUGGCUCAGAAAGGUGAAUUUCUGCUUAAAUUCUCAUUUUUAAUUCAUUUUUUUAUUUACCUUAAGGUAGUGUUAAGUCAUUAGGAUAAUGUUGUAAAAUGUGUGAUUUUCCUAGUUUCUUAUGUUUUUGAGAAGACCCUUAUCUACUUUCUUGCUGUCAAAAUAAAAAACACAAAUCCA